AUGCAGAAUCUGACAGAACGUCCAGCCAACGCAACAUCCCACAAAAGCCUGCCUGUGAUCAUCAAGGUGUGUGUGGUUAUCCCCGUCUUCUGCAUCUUCCUGUGCUGCAUUGCCGUCAUGCUGCACAUCUUCGCGUCCCACAGGCAGUUCCUGGACACGUCCCGUUACAUCCUGUUUGCCUACAUGCUGAUCAAUGACACCGUCCAGAUCUUGUCCUCUGUGCUGCUCUUCCUCUUUGUCAUUGGUCAGGUGAAAUUUGCUAUCGUAUACUGUCUUCCUCUGCUGUUCAUAUCCACUGCCACUUUCCAGAACACACCCUUAAUCCUGGCCACCAUGUCACUGGAGCGUUACGUAGCCAUCUUCUAUCCCCUGCAAUGCCCGGCCACCUGGCGCUCAGACCGUAUCUGGAUCAUUAUUCUGUUUCUCUGGUUAAUCAGUUGUAUCUUCCCUGUCAUUGACUACUCCGUCGGGGAACGUGCAACUGCCGUGGACGUCCUCUCUACCCCUGUGCUUUGCAAAACGAGCGUUGUCAACUCUUCUCAGUUCCAGACAUUGUUCAAAGCUGCUGUAAGUGUGCUCUUCUUUGCAGUAGUGGCUGUCAUCAUCUCCUUUACAUACGUGAGAAUCCUGUUCGAAACCAGGAAGCUGAGACAGGACCGAGUGUCUGUGAGCAAAGCCAUGCACACUGUGCUGCUGCACGGCUUUCAGCUGCUGCUGUGCAUGUUGGCUUUCACUCACCCCAUCACUGAAACUCUCAUAGUGCUGCACGCUAACUGGCUUCCAGAAGACAUCGCCUUUUUUAAUUACUUCUGUUUCAUGCUACUCCCGCGCUUUCUCAGCCCGCUCAUUUACGGCUUUAGAGAUCAGAGUCUCCAGAGCUACAUUGGGAAAACAUUCCUCUGCUGCUCAAACAAAGUCAAACCCCGACUCAGAGACAAACUGCCAGAGAACUCGUUUGUCCCUUGAACCGGCUGAUUUAGUUUUUACUGAGCACAAAUGUUAUAUGUAUGUAUGAUGUUUAAACAGGGUAUCUCCUGCAUGUUUUUAAAAAGUCUUAAAGGAUAGGUUCACAAUUUUUAAAGACUGUCUUAAAACAAAAAUCAAGUGCCUAUAUAAACAUUUGAACAGUUCUUUCGAGUUGUAAUUAUUC